AUGCGGACAUACAGUGCCAAAUUCUACGGCUACGAGGCUGCGCAUGCGUUGGCGCGGGGCUUUGCGGCGUAUGUAGACACGUACGAGGCGCUCCCUCAGCAGCAGCAGCACCUACUGUCACAGAUUCCCCAGCAGCAGCAGCAGAAACAGGGGCAGCAACAGCCCCCGCAAGACCCACUCUCUGACGGCCGCCAGGUGCAAGCCUUGCUGCGGCAGCAGCAGCAGCAGCGCCAUCAGCAGCAAUCCAACGCACCGUCCGACUGCCGGCUUCCUGCCACUGAUCCGUCUCCCGUGCCCGAACAUAAGGGCCUUUUGAGAGGAAUGCAAACCAGGAGGGGCCCACAUGCAAUGACGAACACGAGUAAUCAACGGGGGGAUAUCUCUGGAAGGGUGGACACGCCGAAGAGUAAUAAGCCUCAGAUCCGCAGGCACGCUGCUGGGACUGCUGUUUCUGCGGCAGCUGCAGGCGGCGGGUCUGAAGGUGCUCCUCCCAGGAACUCAUGGAAUCCAUUGAAAAACCCCAUUUCGGCGUUGCAAGAGCGCAGCAUACCCUUGCAACAGAGCGCCCCCGAGGUACAGCCGCAGCACGUUCACGGUAAGAAGACAUCUCAACGAGCUACCGAUGACGUGAGAAGGAAGCGCUCUGCAUUGGAGAGGCUUGGCUCUCCCCAGGAAGCGCCCAUCGAGAUGGAUCAGGCCAGGCCUUCAGAAGAUAUUGCUCUCUGUUUCGAGUCUUUCCUAAAAGAGUUUGCACGGGAGAAGGUCCAGGAGCCCUCCUGUCCACAAAAUAGCCCCCAAAAGUGCUCGAUGAUGCCUUGGGAACUCAUGUUGCGAGAGCCUACCCUGCAGGUAAGCAGCAGUAGCAGCACGGGCGACGACUGGGGAGGAGUGGAGAUGGGCAGCAUGCUGGCAGCUCCUGCGCAGUCAACUUCCCCCGUGGGAGCAGCGGCAGCAGCAGAAGGCGAAGGAGAGACUGCAGCGGGGACCUUUAAUUGUGAUGGGGGAGAAUUGCUGGCGGUGGGACCCUUGCCUGCACUCGGCGGUUUCCCGGGAAGCGCCGCUGCGUCUGCAGGACCUCCCUCGCAGUUGCUGGUUGUUAGUCGCAUCGUGUUGGAGCUCACACGCAGCACCUCUCUCCUGCUGUACCGCCUGAAGGCAGCAACUGCAAAGGCCGUUGUCUUUUUUCAGCACACUAACAGCCGGGAUAAAAAUCCUGCUGCGCCAACUGAAGGCGCCGAGCAAGCAGAAGCAGCACCCCCAGCUGCAGCACAAGCAGGGGAACACACCGACAGGGGUACCAUUAGCGGCAAUAAAAGCUACGCUGAGCAUUCUUUGACGGCCGCAUGCACAUCUUCUGAACCUACAGCGGCGGCUUGUCUACGGCUGCAGGCAGUGCCCACCACAGCACCAGGACAAGCACAGCCAGAAGUUUCAGACGGACCGGCGCCUGAGUUGGCAGCAGGUGCCUCUGAGCAGCAAACAGGACCCCUGCAGGAACACUUUGCAUUACAAGAAGGCCAAGAGAUGAGGAUUCCAAAGCGGCUCAAAAUUGAUGAAGAGGGCACCGCAAAAUCUGCAAGUGCUCCUUUACCGCCGCAGCAGCAACUACGCCCAGGGAUUGAGGACGCGGUGCGCCGGGCCUUUUUAUUGCUCGCUAAUCAUCAAAAACUGGCGGCGGCGGUCACACAGCUGCAGUUGCCCAUUCCACUGUAUCUACAGUUCCUCAUUAGCGCCACUGGCCCUUCGUCCCUCCCAAUCGUGUUGCCCCGCCAGGGAAGCAGUAACGGCGGGAAUAGCGAUGUGGUCAUAGACAACGAAGCAGCACUGCAGGCCCUUCUUCUGAGGCCUUUUGACGUCUUCCGCUGCUGCUGUAUCACGCAUCCCUGCGCUUGCGACCAGCAGCAUUUGGCUGAUAUGCUUGCUCUGCUUUCGUCUGCGCUCCUAAAUGGCAAGCAAGUGCUCCCAAACAGCGCCCCCACGAACUCUGCACCAAGUCAACUCGAACUUCUAUCUCGGAUAUUCCCCGGAGUACAGCCAAACUCCGAUCAGCAACAGCGGCAAAAACACGAGGAACAGCACGUAGAGGAGUACCCGCAAAAAAUGCAGAGGAACGGGAAGGAACAGCUUCAACAGGAAGGUAGCGCUGUCGCUUUUUGUAGCAGUAGCACCCUCCCCACCAGCAGCUCUCCUGCCACCACCACGUGUUCUCCUGCAACUAGUCCUGAAGUAUUUUUCUCCAAGAAGCCCUCAGCGAAACCAGCACCAGCAGGUCCUCCAGCAGCCACAACGGCAGGUGAGUCCCCUGAAGCCUUACAGCUGCCACCUAAUCAGGGGGCAUCAACUACAUCACCUCCAGCGGACGACGCCGCAGCUCGUCAGGGUUUCUCUGAGAACCUAGCAGAUCUCUUGGGGGCUGCUUUGAUGUGCACCACUAAUGUGCUUGCACCUGAGAGCGCCCUGCAGCUGCAGCAGCAAAUUUUACAGCAGGAGCCACAGCAGGAACAGCCUUUACUACUGCUUCCCCCACACCUGCCCUAUUGGCGCCUGCUGGCCUUGGUGCCCCCUCUACAGUCGCUGUUGCACACUCUAGCCCAGAUCAUAGUGUACAGGCACUGGGAAUUUGUGGAGAACUACAUCCGUUGCGUGUGCCCGGCCCCCCAAGCGCAUAUCCUGUUGCAGCUGCAUGCCAAAUCGCGGAAGGCACUUGCGCCCGCGGAGAAUCCUCCUGCGGCUGUUCCUGCUAAUGCUGAAACAACAGAUGGCAAUGGACUUGUUGUGCAGGAAACCACAAUAGCUGGUACGAAGUGCAGUAAUCAUACGAGCAGCAGCAACAACAGCCACAGCAACGACGGGUCAACUGCAGGGUCAGUUCAAACAAAUACCGAGCAGACUGCACUUCGUCUUCCUGCUGAGUAUCCCGCUGUUACAGCAACAGCGGAAAUAAGCCAUGUGGCAUGUUCGCCUGUUGAACAGCCGCAGGGCUUAGAGGAAGAAGCUGCGAUAUCCCUGUCUCCCCAUACGCAACAACAAAGGCGUCCGUGUGGAGAGACCUCGCCCAAGCCCUAA